AUGUCUUCAGACGACGCUUACAUGUCCUUCCUGGAUAAGGCCAACGCAGACCUUAAUAACGGUCGAGCACAACAAACUCAGCAGUCCGGCGUGCGCACGGAGACCGUCGACGUUGGCGUCCAGAUCCCCGCUCCACUCAGAUCAGUGGAUGCAUACUACGUCUCCGAGACAGAUGAGCCCUUUGAGCCGGUAACAUUGAGAUGGGAGGGCGCGAAUAAGGGAACUUGGCCCGGUCCUGCCGAAUUCUCGAGACUCAUCUCACCUGACGCUGACCUCGUUUCGUCCAUUGAGACAUUGACGCCUUCGACCUUUGAUCCUAAGAACCAGUACUCGGCUGCUCUGCGCGCGGUGCGGGCCGCGGUCGCGCAGGCUUUUGGUGGUGGUGAGCCUGGCAUUGAUGAAUCGGAUGUAGAGGUUAAGGUGUACCGGGUGGAAGUUGGCAAAUCGCGCGUUCAGUAUUAUAUUUUGGGUUUGGAUGCUGAGGGAGGGACUAUUGUGGGAUUGAGGGCGAAGGCGAUCGAGUCUUAG